UCAUCUCACAUUAUCAGUGCCGUCCCUUAGUUUAGCAGUGUCGCAUUUUUCUAACGUUUAGAAUGGCAGGGGUUUCUGUUCUGAUCGUUUUGUUUUGGUUUUUCAUCACCAACAUCGUCCAAGGAACAGAUUUUGACCAUUAUGAGAGAAAGACACACCGUUCUCGCAGAUCCUCAGUGACUAAUGCAGAUUUGGAGAUCAAACUCGACUCCAUCAUAUCAAUGCUGGGAAUGUUAAAUGACAAAAUUGAUUCACAGGAGCGGCGUAUUUCUGUUUUAAGCCGACAAGUUAGCAAUGUAAACUGCAACGGAGAAUCAAGGCAAGUUCCUCGUGAUUGUGCUGAUGUUUACAAGUCUGGUCGUCACAAAAGCGGUAUGUACACCAUUGACCCUGAUGGCGAGGGUACCAUGGAAGUCUUUUGUGAUCAGACCACAGACGGCGGUGGCUGGACAGUAUUUCAGAAGAGACUUGACGGUUCGGUUAACUUUUUCCGUGAAUGGAAUGAGUACAAAGAGGGGUUUGGCUCUGCUGGAGGUGAAUAUUGGCUGGGACUGGAAAACAUUCACCGACUGACCCAUCAGGGAAGAAUGGUACUACGCGUGGAUUUAAUUGGAAAGCAACUUCAGUCUGCGUAUGCUUUGUACAAGGAUUUUGUUGUCUCUGAUGAAAAGCUGAACUAUACUUUGGGGCUGGGUUCAUACACAGGAACCGCAGGUGAUUCUUUGUCCUGGCACAACGGAAUGCAAUUUACGACCCGCGACAGGGAUAACGACAAGUCCGCCGAGGGAAACUGUGCGCGGUUCUACAUGGGAGCAUGGUGGUACAACGCCUGCUUAUUGUCCAAUUUGAACGGCGUUUACUUUCACGAACCACAGACAUCGUAUGCCAACGGCGUGAACUGGAAGACUUGGGGUGGCCUUCAGCACUCUGCGUUUCGAGCGGAAAUGAAAGUGCGACCAGUGGGAUUCAACGGCAAGCAGUAAUAGUGACCGCGUGACUAUUUUGUAUUCAUGCAUGCUCGGCUGAGCCAAAAAAAAGCUGUGUUAGUACGCCUUCAUAAAGCUGAAAUUUGUUGUAGAAAGCCUCGAAAUGAAGGCGUUAGAGGAAGAAGUUUUAUCUGUCAUUAUCGAAUGCUUGUUUUCAAUAAACGACUUUAAACUUUCCAUAAAGUUGUAUAGGGUUACGCUGAAUAUUUUGUUGGUUAAAGACGAAGGCGCUUUAUUUGUAUUAGUUCGCGUUCGAGUUUUGUUACUGUGGUUUUGAGCAAGCCGCUAUCAGCUUUGCAUGGUACCCUUUCUACCGAGAAAUCAGUAACAUCCAAGCAUCCAAGUUUUAGGAAAAACACACAUUCAAUCAAAAACAAAACGAAACAUCAUUUUUUUUAGGGGAUGGGGCGUUUAGGAGGAAAUUCCUGUCAUGGGCAAACGUCAUGUCCACGAGAAAUCUUAUUUCGUCUCUUUGUCACUUCAACUUCCGUCCGCUGUGAGCCUGGGAACCAACCCCUUUGGUCACUAUUAUCAUUAUGGAGCAUUAGAAAAUGAAAGCCAUCUAAUCCCAUUUUUAUUUGCUUUUAAAUUACAUUAGCUGUAACUGAGAGUAAUACUGAGCCUACUGUGCAAAUCUGUACUCUUGCGGAUGUUAUUAAACGGAUAAUUAUUCUACAACCUAAAAUGAGCCUGUGUUUUACUGAGGUCAACGAAAUUGGGUUUUGAAAAUCAAAAUGGCCACUUGGUAAAUAUAUUACCGCUGACUUCAUCAUUAUCAGGUUCGGGCAAUUUGGAAUUUCAAGCGCGAAACAAACCCGAUCCAGGGCCUAACAGUGGAAUUUUCGCUCUUAAAUUCAAGGGGUUGAAUUCUCUGCACUAAAUGGAGAGUUUUGACCGCUGGGAUUUUCUGUGGCCACUCUACAUUCUCAGAACCAGCAAUGGAAUGGUCUCUCUCAGUAAACACUUCUCUCUCAGGAUGUUCUCCUCUUAUGAAGUUAAUAAGCAUCGAUCGAAAAAUCGUGAAACUUUAACACGUUUUACAAAGCAUCUCAUUAAUAAAUAAGAACCAAAACGUGACGUCGAAUUUAGGGAAAAACACUCAAGACCCAAAUCACAUUAUCCACGAAAAUCGUUCCUAAAGUUUAAAUGUUUACAUUCCAGCUUAAGCAAUCCUAUAACUUAAUCUUAUCUCAUUUUUUCAGCCCUUGACUACAACGGUUCUUUGAAGCCUUACUGAACACAAUCUUGCGAUAUAGAGAAAAGCUGAAUAACAAAAAUUCUGACACCUAAAAACUACAGAAAA